AUGACUACUGUCCGAGUUCUUCUUACAGUUGCCCUGGUCAUCUCCCUGCUCGCCCUUGGCCAUCAUCCCCUCGCUCAUGCUCGCCACGGUGAGUCUAAUUUUUCGCUUCUUAUUUGCACUGUUCAUCUCAAGUUUGUAGUAACAUUUAUUCAGUCACAAGUAGUAGUGUUGUUGAUCUCACCAGCUGCUCAUAUGUUGCUUCACGCAGUGAAGGACCCGUCCAUGCCAACCGGUGAUUCCUCGUCUGUAAAGAAAGGGUUACAGCAAGGGAGUACCAUGAAGCUCGAUGCAGGGAAGACCAAGAAAGUUAAAAACGUGGGAGUGGAGGAGAUACAAAAGGGAUCUGCUGAACCAAGCUUUGGCAACCGGGGGAGCCUUGGUGUUGAGUCUGAUAAGGUGGCCGUGCUUGCUCGCCGUGGAGAACCACCCAAGCCUCACCCGAAAAAGCACAACUAA